UCCCUGGCCUUUUCUUCUAAAGCCAGUUACUUAGAUAAAUACCUUGCUGAUGGUGUAGUGGAGGGUGACGAUGUCGGAUAGCGAAGAAGUGUCAACCUCUGGCCGACCGGAGUUUCCGGAUCCGGAUCCGAAAGGAGGACCGGGGUCUAAGUUUCCGCUCCCUGCACUGAUGAAGGCCCUUAUUGAUGAUCCGAGGGGGCAGGCUGCAAGGUUUCAGAUAAGGGAUCCCUAUAUGCUUGUCCGACCAGAGGCCCAUCACACUGUUCUCACCCCCCCUCCGGGCUGUACCGCAGUGUAUUACAAGUCUAUGGAGAUGGGGCUCCGGUUUCCGCUGACUUCCUUUGUGAAGGACCUCCUCAAUGCAUAUAAUCUGUGUAUAAGUCAGAUCUCUCCGAACUCCUGGGGAGGAAUCGUUGUGGUUCAGACAGUAUGUGCCAUGCUGAGUGUUCGACCGACCAUCACCUUAUGGCACAACAUGUUUAAGUUGGUCGAGAUGUCAACGGGGGAUAAUGGUCCGGGUUGGUGGUAUUUCCAAGCCCGACAGGGUUAUAAGGUAGUACUCGACUUGCCCACUUCUCAGAAAGGAUUCAGGAGGGAGUUUGCCUUCGUCUAUUUUGGAGGGGACUGGGGGAUCCCCACAGUCCGACCGGAUGUCGAACCCAACCACGAGCUUAACUUCAGGGUUCCGGAGAUGUCCGAAGAGGAAGCCAUUGCGGCUAUUUACCUACAAACCGAGGCCCAAAUUGUUCAAGGGGGGGAGGUUUAUGUAGCCAGCAACUGGAUACCGAGCUGCCGCUUGUUCAAGAGCGAGCACUUGCUGUCGGCGGUCGGGCUUAGCCGGACAUUCCCCAGGGGUAAUCGGCCGAGGGGGUCAUUUUGCAUGUUUGUUUAUGUUUAUAUUGCAACUUCAUAACAAUAUGUUUCUCUUUGCAGCUUGUUCCUUGACGCGUCUCUUGGAAUCCGACCCUGAAAUGGCUGAGAAGUUGAACUAUGCAGCAAUGAGGGCGGCCCAGCUCAAAGCCGAGUUGAAGGCCAAGAAAAUCGGGGUUCCCAACCCUCCAAAGGAUCCGUCGAAGCCCAAGGCUUCCAAGAAGAGGAAAGAGCGGGAUCCUCAGAAAGUGGCUAAGACUGAGAAGGCGUUGGCCAAGUCCCAGGACGAAAAGGCUAAAAAGGCCAAAUCUGUCGAAGUCAAUAGUCCCCGACCGGAGGAGCGGGCAGACAGGUCUGAGGGGACUCGGAUUUCGGUCCAUUCUGAGGAUUUCCGAUCGGUUCAGAGUCCUCAAUAUACGCCGGCCACUCCUCGCCCUCAUGACGACCCGGAGGAGCUCAACCUUGCGUUGGCCAAACCGUUCGCCGAAUUGGAUGCCCACGGGCUCGACACCCGUUGGAUGAAUGCGGUCGAGUGCCUGUACAGUCCCACCGACCGGGAAUACAUUGCGCAGUCCAGCGGCCCGGAGGAGACGAACGACCUCUUCCGUAGCUGGGUUGAGUUCUCUGCUCGGCUGGUCAAUGUGGCUCGGAACAAGGUGCACCUGGCCGACAAGGUAUCUGACUUGGAGGCUCGAGGUAAAAAGCACUACGAGGAGCUUCGCGCUGCCAAGGAGGGCCAAAGGAUAGCCGAGGCCGACCUCGUCAACGCUAAGCGCUGCAUUGAUCGGGACCAGGAAGAUUUUAAGGCCGAGCGGGCCCAAUGGGAUUUGGCCAAGCAGGCGCUCAUCAAGGAGAGGGACGAGGCCGUGAUUGCCAAGACGGCUGCUGAAGCCAGAGUUGUAGAGGCUGAGGGCAAGAUUACCGAGCUGCGGUUCCAGCUGGCGGAGCUAGAAAAGGCUCCCAAGACCGAGGACCAAUGGUUUGCGGGUUGGAAGGAGACCAAGGCCUGUGAAUGGUUCGUCAACGAGGUCGGCUCUACUGCCCAGAAAAUGGGGGUAGAUGACGCCCUCAAGAGGAUGAAAGCGGCCCUGGGGAGAUCGCAUCCUUCUCUUCCUUGGUCCGAGGUCAUGGGGAGCUACGAAGCUCUUUUAAAGGAGGAGGAUCAGGCCAUACUCUCCGAGCUGCGCAUCGCCCUCUCGGAUGAUGAUGAAGAUGAUGAUGAUGAUGAUGAAGAUGCGGAGGCGGCUGAGGAUGAUCAGGGCCAAGGGGUGGCCAGGUCUGAGGAGCAUCACGGGAGUACUAACGAUCAGACCGACCCCCCUGUAGUUUAGGCUUUGCUUUGCCUUGUAUUGUUUUUCUUUUUGCUUUUAACCUUGGUAGUUCCAAGGUUUUAGGAUGUAAUAUUUUUCUAACUUUAAUGAAAAAGUCUCUUUUUAUUUUAUCCGAGCACCUUUUAUGAUUGUCAAUUGCAAUUUUUGCUUCAAGUAUAGAUUCUCGUACUGGUUAAGUUUUGCUUGAUAGUACUGGUCGGAUUUAACUCGAACAACUUGUGAUUGAAACUGGUUAAGUUUCGAAGAAUAUAGUUGAUCGGGCUAAAUUCGAGCAAUUAAAACUGGUUAAGUUUAAUUUGAACAAUUGAAAUGACUGGCUAAGUCUUUUUAUAACUUAGCAGAUUGACUGGUUAAGUCUUUUUAUAACAUAGAAGAUUGACUGGUUAAGUCUUACAAACCGAGUGACUACAUGCCACGUCUGGCCAGUAUCUCGGCUAUAUGCCCCUAAUUGCAAUUGACUAAACAUAGUAUUUCUUUAGAUUAUCCAGAUUCCAUGGCCGAGCAAGUGGUAUGCCUUCAGGAUUCUCGAGCUGAAAUGUACCAGGCU